GUGUAACUUGUAGCCUCAACCUUCUUCAGACAAAUCUAUUAACCAAUUGAAUUUCUCUUUUGCUUCUAAUCUUCAGCAGAAAAAAAAAAAUACGAAACCAAACUUCGCAUAUUCACUUGCGUGAGAUUCACGAUGAUCAUGAUCGCCGACUCCGUCACAGUCAUCGCCGCCAAAAACAUCUGUAUCCUCCGUGGUUAUCAGUUCUCCAUCGCCGAUUCAUCUCCCGAACAGAUCUCCGCUAUGCUUCACCCUUGCGACGCGGUGGCGCCACCGCCGGUGAAACCUAGUACACAUAGAUCAUCGAGGAAGACGCUUACCCGGAAAAGACGACGAACCAGACGGAAGCUAUCCGGCGAUGAUUCUGGAGGGGAGGGGUUAUUUUUUGGUGGCGGCGGUGAUGGUGUUUUCGGUGGUGGAAGUGGAGGUUUUGGUGGCGGUGGUGGUGGAGGAGGUGGUGGUGAUUGGAAUUUUAAUGGAUUUGGAGAGGGAGAUAAUUGGGAUGAACCUUCGUCGUCGUUGCCGGAUCCGGCGUUCGAUUUUGUUUAUCAGGUGUUGUCUUGGAUUAUGCUGUCGAAUUGUUUACAUUUUGCGUUUAAGAAGAUUGUUAGGAUUGUUUCGGAUGGUAGGGAAAAGGUUCCUACCUGAUUGACUCCAAUUUGCUGAUUUCUUUGGUACAUUUUCUGAUCCAGAAUCCUCAUAUCAAUGCUUGUUGGGUUGGGACUGGUUAUUGUAGGAUUGGGUUUACUUUGUUUUAUUUAAAUUUGGCAAUUACUGUAAAUAGUAUAUUGUACAUAAUUUAUCAUCUAAUAAGAAUUGCUAUCUUAUUUCUAUGU